GGAUGUUUUACACCUGGCGAGUUACCAUGUCUUAAUUUGCUACUUUUACAGAAUUUGACGAUUUAUGAAGAAAAUUAAUUGUUAAAAGCCAAGGUAUGCCUCUUAUUCGUCCCAGACAUGUGUUAUCAUUUAGCAGCGAAGAUACGACACAACCAGCACAGAACCUGCUUAAAUCAGAAACGUAUAGAAAAUGGAGGUGUGCUUCUCCAGGAGAGAAACAAGCUUCAGUCAUUUUGGAGCUUGAGAAGGCAAUGCAGAUACACUCCAUUGAUAUUGGUAACAAUGGUUCAGCAUUAGUGGAAGUAUUAGUUGGACGAUCUUCUUGGAGCUCUGAUGAACAAUUUCAGGUUCUUCUUGUUGCAUCAUCUUUUAUGAGCCCAGCUGAAAGUAAAUCUUUUACCAACACCAACAGAGUGAGGAUGUUUGGUGUUGAUAAGCUCUCUAAACCAAUUGCUACUCAGAAAUGGGACCGGAUCAAGUUAGUGUGCACCCAACCAUUUAAUAAGAAUGAACGGUAUGGUCUUUCCUUUAUAAACCUCCACUCUCCCCCUGAUGACAUGGAUGAGUACUCUUUAGCUACAGAGAAAGCAAAGCCCCACACUCCAAUGACUGGUUCAAAGAGACUUGGACGCUUCACAUUAAAAGAUGAUAGUGAUAGCGAAGAGCAAAAAAUUUCCUCUGGAAAUCUGUUUUUCAAAAAACUUCAAAAGAAAACCUCUCCACCACCCAUGGCCACCGCAGCUGAAGUGCGAGCAGCAUCAUUGGCUACCAGCUCUUCAGUUGACAAGAGAACAAUAGCUGCCAGCACUGCUCAAAAUCACAGACACCCAUCAACUAAGGAUGGACAGUUAGGGACCAAAGGUACACCCUCAGUAGCCUCAGACAGACAACCAGUUGCUAGAGACAGAGCAGACAAAAUUGAACGAAGAUCUUCCCCAAAACCGGAUGAGAAAUCUUUUCAAAGGAAAACAACUGAGAGUACCAAACGGAAGUAUGAAGAUUCACCAGAAGGGAAAAAUGGAAACAAACCAGCGCCACCUUCUAAGAAAAAAAGAGAAUCUCCCAUUCGUGACGAAAGUUCUGUUCCUUUUGAUGAAAUUAUGAAAGGUGUGGUGUUUGUUAUAAGUGGAUUUGUGAACCCUGAGCGAGGUGAUCUUCGCGAAAAAGCAUUGCAGAUGGGAGCGCAAUACAGACAGGACUGGGGAAUAGGAUGCACACAUCUCAUUUGUGCCUUCGCCAACACUCCAAAGUUCAACCAAGUGAAAGGAAAAGGAUGGAUCGUCACAAAGAAGUGGAUAACAGACUGUUUUAAAAAGAGCAAACGCUUACCCACGCGACAUUACCACUUACCAGGCGAUAGCAGUUCAUCUGAUGAAAGCAGUGAAGAAGAUGUCAGAAAGACGAAACUCCCGCCGAAACGGCCACCUCCUAAAACUGGAAGUGACAGAAAGAAGGCUCCAACAAGUGAUGCGAAUUCAAAGAAAGACGAAACUCCCGCCGAGAGCGACAAAGCUCCAGUGGCCAAACGAAGGGAAGUCUCGGGUCCAAAUGAAAAGAAAGAUGCAGCCGUGAAAACAGAAGAGAAAUAUGACAUUUACGGUGGUUCAACUGACGACGAAUCGCUUCAACCGGAAAAAAGAGUUGUAAAAAAUGAAAUUGCUCCAUUUCAUUUGAGCCCAAAAGACACUUCAGCCAGUGAUUAUGAUACAGAGGAUGAACUGAGAAGUUACCUCAGACUCAGGGGACCUUCCCCCGUUACCAGACUUCUUCUCUCAUAAGCAUUUCAUGCUUUAUGGUGAAAUUGAUGGCAAGACCAGAAGACUGUUGAUAAGAUACAUCACUGCUUAUAACGGAACUAUAGAAGAUUACAUGAGUGAUAAUGUGGACUUUGUUAUCACCAACGAAAGUUGGGACAAACACUUUGAUGAGGCUCUCGAUGAAAACCCUUCCCUGGCCUUUGUGCGACCUAGGUGGAUCAUUGUCUGUCACGAAAAGGGAGCCUUUGUUCCAUUUCAGCCAUAUAUCAUAGUCCCUUCUUAGUGAAGGCCACGUGGAGUUAAUGUGAUUAGCUCGAGCUCCUUCUCAGGGUAAAUGAUUUCGACCCCGGUUUUCGAUGAUUAUUCGUAAACUAGUUGAGAAAAGGCCGAGACAAUAUCGAUGUUUUAAAUCUUUUCACCGACAAUAGUGCUCUUGCUCUAUGUAUCGGGGUCCUCAAUUUCAUAUUACCAUACGAAGAAUUUAAUUCCCUAGCUAGUAAAUUCUUUGAACUCAAAACCUCUCAGAAAUUCAAAAGGUAUUAGAGAUUGAUAGGCUGCCAAGCAGUAAUCACCGCAGUGAUCACCGCAAUGAUCACCGCACUUCACACAUCGCAAAGUCCAAACUGGCGUUUGACGUAAGGCAUUCUCCCUCGGCAUCCAUUGUACUAAAUUCUGAAAAAUAAAAGUUUUCCUCUGUUGUUGUU